UCUUUCUCCCCUUGACCUCGUCCAUAACACCCCGUCAUGUCGUCUGGGCUCCAGAAACUCGUUCAGUCAAAGCUUUCAGAGGUUAACGAAUGGCCACUACUCUCCGCGUUUUUACUGCUCACCGGCGCGUUGACGUUCACCAAGUACGCACUCAAGACCAUCGCUUUCCUCAGCCAGACGUUCAUCCUCCCGGGUCAUAACCUUAAAAAGUUUGGCGCGAAGAAAGGCGCUUGGGCAGUUGUUACUGGAGCUUCGGAUGGAAUUGGCCGCGAAUUCUCCAUCCAGCUCGCGCAGGCAGGCUACAACAUUUUGCUCGUCGCGCGGAACAACAGGAUGCUUGGUGAUGUCGCCGCUGCCAUCUCUGAGAAGUGCGGAAGCUCGGUUGAGACACGCAUUGAGCUCGUCGACUUUUCGAAGAAUGACGAGGCCUCGUACGCGAACCUCAAGACUGUUCUUGCUGGGAUGGAUGUCGGCGUUCUCGUGAACUGCGUCGGCCGCUCGUAUGACAUGCCGACCUACUUCGCGGAGGCGGACGAGAAGCUCAUGGACGACAUCAUCACCAUCAAUGUCGCCGGUACCGUGCGCGUCACGCGCGCCAUCCUUCCUGGCAUGGUUGCCAGGAAACGCGGUCUGAUCCUCAACCUAGGCUCAUUUGCCGGUUCCGUUCCCUCGCCCAUGCUCGCGACUUACUCGGGCACCAAGGCGUUCGUGUCGACCUUCUCGGAUGCGCUCGCGGAGGAGGUCAAAGGUCACAGUAUUGUUGUGGAGCAUCUCAACACCUAUUUCGUGGUCUCCAAAAUGUCCAACAUCAAACGCCCCUCCCUCUUCGUCCCCACCCCCAAAGCCUACGUGCGCUCCGCCCUCUCGAAGAUCGGCUCGCCCUGCGGCGCCGCGUUCACCAACCGGCCCGCGACAAGCACGCCCUACUGGGGCCACGCGCUGCUCGACUGGGCGAUCCACGUCGUCGGGUGGAAGCAACUGUUCAUCAGCCACACGCACGGUCUGCACACGGAUAUUCGGAGGCGGGCGCUACGGAAGAUUGCGAGGGAGGCGAAGAAGGAGUAAGGGAAGACGACGGGGAUGGUUGGAGUAGUCGCGCUAAGUGCUUUUCUACUUUCUUUUAUGGCAUUCUCCUGUUAUACCUCUUGUUACUCUUAGCAGCAGGGCAAGUGCCCAAUACGAAUAAUAAUUCAUAGCGCUGGGUUCUGCGCAUAGAAAACAUAAAAGAUAGUCUCUAAACC